AUCAGAUUCCAUGCCAGCUCACAUAUCCUCCUCCCUCCUGCUACAUUAGUACCAACACAGGCAGUUGGGAAUCACAUUACUCCGGAAGGUGGGAAUCCUCCAGGCUGACCAGGCAUCUUACGGCAAAGUUUUCCUGUGACAUUAGUUCAGGAGGCUGAGCUGCUCUGACCAUCCUGCAAAGGAUUUGCUGAAGCGUCUUGCCAACGCAUUUUACUCGAACAAAGCUUGACGAUGGAGCGAUCCACACAGGAGCUCUUCCUCAACUUCAUGAUUGUGUUGAUCACUGUGCUGCUCAUGUGGCUCCUCGUAAAGUCUUACCAAGAAUAAAAGGACUUGAUGAUACGUCGCGGAUCAACCUGAGUCGACGUUUUCAACCCCUUCUGUGCUGAUGUGGCCUGUGCAGUCUACACCAGCACCGAAGGGGUUCUGUACAUACAUCAAAACAACAUGCACGGUAUCUGCCUGCUGACAUAUAUGUGUGUCCUAGCAUUCAAGUCACCAACAACCUCAUAGAUCACUUGUGAAACCAAGAGCUUUCAAUACAAUGUCAACCAAUGUCUGUAAACAUGGCUUUUCUUCCAUGACAAUGUUAAUAUAAAAUGAAUGUCUUAAUUUAUCAUAUUCUACUUAUUUUACCAUAAGACAAACAAAAUAUCAUCAGCAUAAACUGGGACAUGACGGUAUCAUCAGCUGAAUAAACAACCAGUUAAAACCA